UCCCCCGCUGCGCACGCCCCGAAGCCUGGCCCGGCCCCGCGCCAAGCGGUCGGUCCCCCGGCGCCCGGGCCCCGCUCGUCCUCCCGCCCUUGGGACGCCCCGCCGCCGCGGUCGCGAGAAGGAGGCGAGCGGAGGGCGGCGGAGGCCUGGGUGGGGGCCCGGUCCCGCUCCUCCAGCCCCUUCCGCCGCCCCGCCUUUCUGCCCUCCGCGCUCCCUCUCUCCGCUCCCGGCCCGGGGCGCGCCCGGCUCGGCCUCUCUCCGCGCGGGCAGAGCCGGGACCUGGCAGCCCAUGCCGCUUCCUUCCAGCCCGGGCCGCGCCCGCUUGGCCCUCGGACCCCGCAGGCAGGCGGCGGCCCGCACCCCACACCGCACGGCGGGGCCGGAGGGCAGAGGGCCGGAGCAGGGCCGCGCCGCGGGAUGGAGGGGGUGCCGGAGGCGGCGGCGGCCCAGCCGGCGGGCGGCGGCCCCCAAGGGACCAAAACAGGGAGCGGAACAGCCAGCUCCAUGGAGAUGACCUCAGGUGUGGAGAGAAGUGGCCCUGAGCCACGGCUGGAUAAUGGACACCUCCCAGGACCCUGGUCCUGCUCUCUGGAAGACAGAACACCCAACCUGAUGGUCCCCCAGCACCCCGGUGCACUGGGGAUACACCGCCAAGGUCCCUCUGUGCUGGAGUCCAAGGUGAGGGCCUUGAAGGAAAAGAUGACAGCAGGCAAACAGGGGGUGAGCCCCUGCCUCACUUCUCAGGAGAGGCCAUCUAAGAAAUCCAAAUGCAGGCGAGUCAGGGUGGGUGGAGCUGGGACUCUGUCAGAGGGGUCUUCCUUGCCGGAUGCUGAGGUGGUCCUCCCUGCUCAGAACCUGACUGAUGCGCAGCUGGACAGUGUUGUCAACAAGAGUGAACCUGCCAGGAAGGAGGUUCCCAGACCACCCAGGCCGCCUUCUCCUGGGCUUGAGUGCUGGAACGGGAAGAGCCCAUGGCCUCCAGAAGCAGUGUGGGCAUUGCCGGACAAUGAGAGGAGCCUGCUGCCAGGGCCUGGCUCUUUGCCAGAGAGCCCUAUCCACAGAGUCACUCCGGGCCGGCCUGGGGGCCCUGGUCCUUGUAACAAAAUCACCCAUGUGCCCCACCUGAGAAAAGGAAGGUCACAUGCCCUUCAGGAUGGUCUAGUUACAGGUGGAGACCUGGACAGCUUGUCUCUGACCUCCGAGGAAGACUUUGUCCCCAGGCCAGCCCUGCUCGGGGGGCUCUGGCAAGCUGGAGACCUGGGGGCUCUGGGCACUGGGGGCAGUGCCUUGUCCCUGUCUGACCGGGUGGAGAGGAACCGCCUUCUGCUGCAGGAGAUGCUCAGUGUUGGGGGGCAAGGCCCCGCCAAGGUGGAAAUCUCAGCCUGGACUCCAUCCCGGGACAGAGGUAUACCAGAACGACCACCCGGGGACGUGGACUGGGACUCGGGCAUCUCCCUGCAGGACUCAGACCAGAACAGGACCUUUGGUCCCAAGCCGGAGUCCGUGCUGAGCCCCAGGCAUGAGGAAGCCAAGCAUCUGCUGCAGCGUGCCCGCAUGAAGGCCAGGACCCGGCCCCUCCGUGCCAGCCAUGAUAUCGUGCCCGCCGUUGCCCAGGGCAGCCGAGACGGCCGGAGAAGCCCAGCCCUGGACCCGAGGAUGACCUUCGCCUGCAGAGACAACCUCCAGAACGGGAACACGAGUGACUCCUCCAGCGGGGAGUCCACCAGCGGGCAGUGGCCGAAGCGGGGCACCUCCCCGUCCCGCGUCCGCUUUGAGGACGAGUCCGCCCGCGAUGCCGAGUCCCGCUACCUGGAGCGGGUGCAGCAGCGCCAGGACCAGGCGCGGAGCUGCGCGUUGCAGGCGCUGGCGGGCCAGGGCCCCCUGCGCUCCAAGCCCGACCUCGCUCACUACGUCAACAGGGGCUGCGCGCGCAGGGCCGCCGGCGAAGGGGCGCUCUGCAGGCUGGUGGGCCUACUGGACCGGAAGGCCGUCCCGGACGGCGAGAGGAAGUGCCGAGCCUGCGGCAGCCGCAUCGACGACCGACGGCCCACCCAGGCGAAGGCGAGCCCGGACCCGAGGUCCCUCCAGGAACGCGACCGUGGGGCGCAGGGGGUGCUGGCGGAGCCCCUUAGCUCUUGGGCCCCGAGUCCCCCCUCCAGGCUCGUCCCUGCCAAGCAGGGGCUCCACACGGAAUGGAUCCGGGAAACGCACAUCGGAGACUCGGUGCGGCCCGAGGAGGUGGACUCUGCCCUGGACAGCACGGACACCUCCGACAGCUGCAGGACCGACAGCGAGGAGGCUGGGACCUCGCAGCCAAGCAGGGCCCGCGGCCCGGCCCGAGGCAGCGGCCCGCGUCUGCGGGGCGCCAGGCCUCGGGGAGGCCCCAGGUGGUUCCGGAAGGCUGAAUCUCAGCUGCCCAGCAGCCCUCAGACCCCUCACUACUCGCCUGGGGUUGAUCACGUGGAGGUUGCAGAUGAGGUGAAAGAAGGCAGAGGACACCCUGAGGGGACUCUGUUUGCCAGAGAAGAUGCUUUCCCUAAGCCUCCUGUCCUGGAAUCUAAAAGGGCUUCCCUGGGAUCCCAGUGGCAGCCUGAAACCGGGCUGGGAAAUCACUGGGUUCCCCCGGUGGAUUCCAGGGCUCUGUGCAGGACAGCCUGUGCCCCGGCAUCUUCCAUGAAGCUGGGGUCCUCAGCGCCAGCCAGACAAGCCCGGGAUAUAGAAAAUCAUGAGUCUCUGGAGACUGUCUCUGCUUCCUCCCUGCAACAGAGCCAUGCAGAGCCCUCUGCCCUGCACCAGGCCCAGCAGCUAACCUCUUUCUUCUCCCCUGGAGGCUGGGUGCCAACCCCUCCACCUUCAAGGAAAACCACCUCACCUGUGUCUCACAGGAAGGCAGCCCUGCCUGGGUCCAGCAGGCUGGGUGAGCAGGGAGAGCCUGUGGACACCCCUCUGCCUCCUUCAAGAAGUGCAGUUCCCAGGACCUGUGAGCUCUCACCCACGCAGACCCAGCCCUACAGCCCCCAAGUCAGUCACCCACUGCUGGCCCUGUCCACCAACAGCUGCAACAAGAGCAUGCCUCUGGGGCUGCAGGGGCCCUGGGGAGGAGCCAUGGGUGAGCGCAAGGUGGACAGGGGCUCCUGCAGCCAGGAGCUGCCUCUGGAGAAACGCAGCGAUGGGAGGGCUGCGGCUGUUGCAGGAGGACUCCAGGGCUUUCUCGGCUCAGCAGCUGUUGGCAUUGUCAGCUCUGUGGGCAUCACCCUCUCCCUGGCCUCAGAGGAGUCAGAGUCCAGCCAGGAACCAGAGGGAGGCCUGCAGAGGACAGAGUUGAGUUCCAGAGGGCAUGUGUCAACCCGAGCAUCACCGGGGGUCAGUGCAGGACCCGGCGUGCCCUCCGCUACCCCUUCGGACAGGAGCAAGAAAAGCAGCAGCAGCUUGGCCUCUACCCUGGGGCUGAAAAAGCUCUUCUUGGCCCUGGGCCAGGGCACAAGGCCCAAGCUGGGCAAGGCCCGCAGCUACAGCGUGGAGCAGCUGCGGGCCCCUGCGCCUGGCCCGGCGUCACACACCAGCGCUCCCAAAGUGAAGAGAGCCCCAUCGUUACAGUCCCUGCAUCUGGUGUCACCAUCUCACCAUCAUCGGAAAGCUGUCUCCUUUCAGAACCUCCAUUCUCUGCUGAGUGGCAAGGGGGACAGGUCCAGCCUCUACGUGGUAGGAGAGCCAGGGGACUACAGUGCAGAUGUCCGGCCAGCCAAGGCCCCACCCCAGCGUGCCCUCAGCGUGGAGGAUGUGAGCGCCCCCAGCCAGGCGCGCACAGUGGGUCGUGUGGUGGAGGUGUUCCCAGACGGCACAACCCAGCUGCAGCUACAACGCUCCCCGGAGGGCACUUUUGGCUUCUGUGUGGCCUCUGGGAAUGGGCGCCGGGACUCAGGGUUCUACGUGCAGGAGAUAGCUGAUUCGAGCAUGGCCAAGCUGUACUCAGGGCUGCUGGGGGUAGGGGAUGAGAUCCUCGAGGUAAAUGGGGCCAAAGUUGCAGGGCUGGGCUUGGCUCAUAUCAAGGAGCUCCUGGCCCACGCAGACAGCUUGUCAAUCCGUGUGCUGAGGCAGAGGCCUGUCCCUCGGUGACCCAGCGGUGCUCCCGCCCCACACAGUCACUCCCGCAGAAGCCCUGAACUGGCCUAGGAGGAAUGGAAAUGCACUGCACAAAGCUGCUUUGUGGACCAAAGACAGAUGACAGUGGCAUGUAACCCCUGUGCCAGGGCGUCCGUGAUUGACCACCAUACGUGAGGGCAGGAGCCUGCUUGUGUGUUUUAAGGAUGUUAAUUUACGUGGAACUGGGGAAAAAAGACCUGGAUCUCCUUCAAUGCAAGAAGCGGGGUCAGCCUCUUUCCUUACCUUUGUUGGCAAGAGGAGAGAGAGGCGGCAGGUACUGGGGUUGGACCCUGACCACCUCUUCACCCCCAAGUCCUGUCCCACUCUCUGUCAAGGGCUCCCCCAGCCUUCCAUACUCCAGAACCAAAGAAAGUUCUUGGCCAUAUUGGCCUUGAGCCUGCCUUUAAAGUCUCAUUCCUUCCACAUCCCAUUGAACACCUUUGUUCUUUUUCUGGAAAUGGGCAAAGUGUCCUGGAGUGACAGCCUUACAGCCCUUGGCCAUAUAUUCCAAGCCAAACAUUGGAACAUGUGGUCUGGUGUGAGAACAUCUGGGAGAUGUUAUCUGGUAGCCAGAAUAUUAAGAGUUUCUGGGAAAUUUUUGUGAUAUAUAAAGUUGAAGGGAAAAAAAAAACCAGACGAAUUUCCAGGAAGAGCAGCCAUGGCCAGUAGGACUGGCCAGCCCCGCCCCCACCAGCCUGCCCUCUGCCUCUGCCCAAGGCAAAACUGGAGCUGGCGGUGAGGGCCUGUCUUCCUUCUCCUGUAGAGUGUGGGCACGACUGUGGCUGGUGCCAGGCUGUCCCCAGCCACAAGCUCUCUGCUCAGACUCCCCGGUGGCAGCUGUGGGUGGGUCAGCAGGAAGUGCAAUGACAGGGUACAGGCAGGUGGAUGGGCUGUCUCACCAGGUUGCUUCCCUGCUCUAGGCCCAAAGGGUUGGGACUCUCUGGGAAUGGACGGCCGUGUGUCAGUCUUAAAUUAUUAAAAAGCAAAGCUGAA